UCAUCGGUAUACCCAAUAUUUUCACGCGCAUCGGAACCUCAAUGUUUUGAUCCUGUAUCGGGCUGCUGCACAGUUUUUCGCCACAUCGCAGACGUGUUCUUUUGAUUUGUUCGCCAUGAACUUGCUACCGAAAGUUUCUCUAGCCCGUUUGCCGUUCUAUGCGGCCAGAUCAACGCAAAUUUGCGCAACACGCUGCUACAGCACAACCGGCAAUGAAUUGAAAUUUCCCAAGAAUGUUAUAGAACAUCUUAACACAGCACAAGAGCAGCAAACAAACGGCGUAAUUUACGAUAAGAAACCAUUCCGGAUGGAGCUUGAAGAAGGAAAACGCUACUCUUGGUGUCUAUGCGGGCGCUCCAAAGGUCAACCGCUAUGCGAUGGAACUCAUAAGCUAGUGCAGUAUAAAAUCACGCAGCGACCUAUUCGGUUUCAGGUGGAAAAAUCGGGCACAUAUUGGCUGUGCAACUGCAAACAUACUAAACACCGACCGUUUUGUGAUGGAACGCACAAGUGCGAGGAGGUUCAGCAAACGGCCGGCAAGUGAAAUAGAUAUGGUGGAAUGCAUUACGCGCGAAGCAUUUCGUUUUGGUCAUACUCGCAGCUAUUGCUGGCAUCAAACUUUGUCCGUGAAUGGUAGUAUGGUUUAUAUAUAGAAUAAACAUGUUAGGCAACAACAUUAUUAUCAAAUA